AUGCGCUCGCCUCCAGUUGAACCAGCCAUGGCUGGGGAAAUAGUCUAUGCUGAUUUAAACAUCCGUGGAGAUUCGUCCCUCACCAUCCGACCCCAACCUCCUCACCACCUCAGCGACUGGACCACUACUAGUCAGGGCUGCAAGCUGGUACCUGCGUCACAAGAUUUAACACAUUCUUGUAUAUAUGAUAAUAUACGCUGGCCUGAAUGCCAUCACUUCCCACACUGGCAUCAGAUGGCUCUGAGGGUCAGCUGGGCUGCAAACAUCAUCCUGAUGGGAGCUAUGAUGGCCCUGAGCAUCUGGGUUUUUCAGGGCCCCUGCAGUAAAGCAGAGACCGACGCAGGCUCCGUGGCCCCCGAGAGUGACGGGGUCACCGGGAGGAAUGGAAACGGUACAGACUGCAACUCCAGCUUGGUGUCUCACCUAAGACGGCGUUUGUGCAACUUCCCCCAGAACAGCUCAUCAGGGCACCCUGGGUGCAGACUCUGUGCCCCGAACUGGCUGCUGCAUGAGAACAAGUGCUACUGGCUUUCCAAAGAGAGCAAAAAGUGGAAUGAGAGUCGUGAGGACUGCUUGGCGAAGAGCUCUCAAAUGCUUGUGAGCCAGGACCAGCGUGAGAUGGCAUUCAUAAAUACCAUCACCGAUGGGAAAUACCCCGUUUGGAUUGGACUGCACCUGACAACCUCCAAGGGAAACUGGACGUGGGUGGAUGGUUCCCUGUUGAAUCAAACAGGGGUCUCACUAUUGGCCCCUGACACUGGAAACAGCUGUGGGGUGUGGAAGGAGAAUCAGAUUCGCGGUGAAAUCUGCAGUGGUGCCUUUAAAUGGAUUUGCCAGAGAGAAGCUGUCCCGAUAUAAAUGGCAUUAACGGAUCCGCUGUUUCAUUAAGGGACACACAGGACUAAGAUUCGGGCUUUGGGUAAAGCUCUCAAAGGUGGAGGGCCGUUGCUGAGCCUGGGAAAAUGCCACCCUCUGCUCUGUCAGUGCUGGAUUGCUUUAGAAAUACACAAGAGAAACAGCGCCCCGCAGGGGCACGUGCACGCACAGAAUGAACUUGUCUGCAUGUGAACGCACAUGGGAAGGGAACACACGCAGACAUGGCUGUAAGAGGACAGAUCUUCACGAACACAGGCCUCAGAGUGUUGAUUAAUUAUUUUAAUUACAAGUGCAAAUAAUCACAGAGUUAGAUACAUUAAAUCUAUACAAUAAUCCCUGUGCUGAGUUUGUACCGCUGAUAGCUUCUCCCUCCAUUUUAAUCUUUGCAGUGGGUGUUUCCCACUGGGAAAGUGUGGAGGAGUCACCCAGCUCAUGUCAAAUACAAUAUGCUUCUGACUCACCUUUCUCCCAGCGCGGGACUCCACUCUAGCUACACAGCAGAAGAUUAGGGUGCUCUGCAGCAAAUCUAGACAUUGCAAUGUCUACUCCAGCCCAUCAGAUGGUGCUAGGCCAGGGGGAAAAAUAAAAAUAAACCGAUACAUACAAGGCAAGAACAACAACAACACAGACUAGAACUAGCUGGAAAAGCAGCAUUUUCUUUUGCAAAAGUUUCCACAGGAAAAAAAAAAUCCCAAAAAAACAUUUUUAAACAUCCUAAUGGAACAAUUUAAGGGCAAAACUUCUUUCCCCGCUUACAUGUUUUUACUCGUUCCUAAUUUCUUCCGCAUGGGAGACAGUGAGUGAGAAAGGGUUUGUAUGUGUCUGGGUAGGAGGGUAGUUUUUUAAGGAACACUUUCACUUUGAAAUGUUCAUUGAACACAGCAUAUUACUUUCAGAAACGCUCUUAGUUUUCCAUGUGGCUAAAGUUGGAAAGCAGCCAGAAAGUGGAGAGAGAAAACAAAAAAACAGCACAAUUUCAAAAAUUCUAAAACCCACUGAGGCUUCCCCCCUGAAAUUGUAUUGGAAAAAAAAAGAACCUUCAGAAAACUAAAAUAUAAAGUCAUUGGAAAUGAAGUUUCUGCAAAAAGAAAAAUUAAUGUUCAACUAAAUCCUGUUUUCUGACAAACUUUUCAUCAGAAAACUUUCAGUUGUCUCUAAGUUAAAAUGAGGGAAGACAGACUGAAUUAAACAAGAUGUUUCUUUUAGCCUUAAACUCUAUGCCUAUGAGCAAAUAACAGCAGAAGG